AUGGACUCCCAUAGUAGCGGCGCUGAGCUCAAUCAAUCCUCUACGGCACGUGAUGAUCAAGAAGCUCCUCUAGAGACCUCGACAGCGGCGGAAACGACUGCAACUGCAGCGUCAACAGCACCAGCAGAGGCAGCUGAGCCAGCUGACUGCCCUGCUGCUGCAGCAGGGCAUACAGAGGGAUGCAAAAGGCAUCGUGAGAGCAGCACCGAGCAUUGUUGCCAUGGAUCUACCCUGUCUGGCUUGCAACGGCAAAAACAACAGCAGCAGCAGCUCGAACAACAGCCAAGGGAGAUGGACGAGCAGGAGCAGCAGCAGCAGCACGAAAAGCCCAGCCCCCCGGAAGCAGCUCCGGAAGCUUCUGAGCCUAUGCGGGCUUGCUGCCAUCUAGGCCGAGUGCAUCACAGGCGUUGCUGCCGAGGCGCCCAUGGCGGAGCAGUUCAGCAGGCAAGAGAACAAAGCAGCAGCCACCAAGGACACAGCGACCACAGCCACAGUCACAGCGGCAGCAGCAGCAGCAGCUGUCACCGCAGUCCUUGGCGCCGGUGCGGGUGCCGCCUAGGCGAAUACAUAUUCCUGCUUAUUCCGCGCAAGCCGCUGAGCCCCGGCGCUGCUUUUUUGUUUUCAUUGCUGCAAGAGGCCUCGCCCAGCGUGCGCUGCGCUGUGGACAUGGGGGGGACUCUGGCAAAGUUGGUAUUCAUAGAGGAACUGGGGCCACAGAGUGCAGCAGCAGCAGCAGCAGCAGCUGGCGGCCCUGACUUCUCACGGAGGGAUCCCCAGCUGGCUGCCAGGGCCUAUGCAAGCAACUGCGAUGCUGCACUGGACUUGGCAUCUCCGCUGCUGACAAUAAGGGCUUCCCCACGCCGCGUGCUGCGCUUCACGUAUUUCCGCACAAAGGCGAUUUCCGCCCUUUUGGACUGUUUGCGCAGCCGCGACCUUGUCAAGGGGGGAGUGCUACGAAUGACAGGGGGUGGUGCUAUGAAGUACGCCAAACUGUUCACGGAGCAACUUGGGGUGUCUUUGCAACGCACAGAUGAAAUAGACAGCAUCAUGGCAGGCCUCGUGUUGUUGGCCUCUCAUACGAACUCUGUCUUCCGUUUUGACUUGAACACGAGGCAGCGAGUGCCUGUGGACGUUUCACGAGACCUUUAUCCGUUCUUGGUGGUCAACAUCGGCUCUGGUGUCUCUAUCCUCAAGGCUAAGAGCGCCAGCAGCUUCGUGAGGGUAACUGGCACCUGCAUUGGCGGCGGCACCGUGCUAGGUUUGGCCCGCCUCCUCUUCCACGCCAAGAGUUUUCGUCAGGUUGUUCGCUUGUCUGAAAGAGGUAGCGUGGUGUUUGUGAUCAUGUUGCCUGGUGUUAGUCUAGGGACUGAUGCGCUAGACUUGAAGGUGGCAGAUCUCUGCGGCGAUGCUGCAGGCAGCCGCUGCAUAGCACCCGAUGCCUUAGCCUCAAGCUUCGGGCGUCUCUAUUUAGAAGAUAGCCACGACCGGCCGAGUCCCAGGAAGGAGGAUAUAGCGAGGAGCCUCAUUCAUAUGGUCUCAUACAACUUGGGCUACCUCGCCUACCUAGUUGGUACAGCUCAUGGCGUCCGCAGGAUAUUUUUUGCGGGGAAAUUUAUCAAUAACUAUGACUUCACCAUGGAAUCCAUUACUCAAGGAGUGAAUUUUUACAUGCAGCAGUAUGACCAACACACACCCCAAAGCUGCCUGCGAGGCCCGGCUUCACCACUGCUCGCAGCCCCACCAAAUUUCAAUGUGAACGCACAGCAGCGGAUUCUCCUGCAGCAGCAGCUGCUGAUACAGCGGCAGCAGCAGCAAAGUUACGAUAUGCGUGCAAACGUCAACAUUGUUGUAGAACAACUAAGCGGUUCAGGCCACACGGACGGCACAUUCCGUCCUCUGGUUGGCCGCUUGGAUGCAGAAUCAGCACCAGAAGUAGCGGUCGAUGCUACUGUACUAUCGCCGCAAAGGGCGGCAACCGGAGUUGUUUCGUCUGGCGUAUGCAUUGCUGCACCCAAUGAAGAUGUUAGCCCAGUUUCGAUGCCGUCAAGGCCACACAACAACGCACUCGUCCACGAACAGCAAAAUCCCAUACAAAGCGUGCACGAACAACGGGCCAGCUUCAGCAACAACCCUUUACGCUCCCCUAGCAGUACUAAUCUGCUAGGCCCGCCACCUGUACAGCCGCCGGAUGGUGACAGCGGUGCUCCAGUUGCCGCAUGGGCCCCUUUUGAGGUUCUGUUUUUACGUCACGACGGCUACUUAGGCGCUGUUGGGGCCCUCGUAGCCCCUGGACGCGACGGACCGCAGGUGAAUUGA